UUAGAAUUAGGUGUGAUUCAGGGCAGGAUCUCCUCCUCCUCCUCUUCUUCUUCUUCUUCUUCUUCCUUUUUAUUUUGUAUUUUUCAUUUUUAAACUCUCAAAAGUCUUCCAUUGAAGAGAUGUUUAAGAAAUGGAGGAGAAGGAGAAAAUGAUUAGAUAGAAGCCUCUGUUUCUCUAAAACAAAGAGGAAGGGAAGUCAUUGUUCACAUAGGGAGGCGAUGAGGCUUUGGAAAAGGGCUUCUGCUGUUUUAAAAGACAGGAAUAGUAUCUGCCUUGCAAAGCUAUCAAGAAGGAACUCCUUUCGACAACCGGAGCUCGAAUCAGCUAUCAUUAAAGCCACCAGCCACGAUGAAUUCUCCGUCGAUUAUAAGAAUGCGCAGCGGGUCUUUGCUUGGAUCCGUACCUCUUCCUCUUUCAAACCUUUUAUAUGGAUUCUUACUAAACGAAUCGAGAAGACACAAAGCUGGGUUGUUGCUAUCAAGGGCUUAAUGCUCUUACAUGGCAUCUAUUGCUGCAAUGUCCCAGCUGUUAGAAGGAUUGGUAGAUUGCCAUUCGAUCUUUCUGACUUCACAGAUAGUCAUUUAAAGACUACAAAAUCAUGGGGUUUCAAUGCUUUUGUUCGUGCCUAUUUUGCUUAUCUUGAUCAGAAAUCUGCCUUCUUAAGCUGCAAUCCGGCGGAUGAUCAUGAAAAAGAUGAUAAGGAUACAGAUGUGUCUUCUUCUAUGGUGAAAGUACUAGUUGAAUUACAGAGAUUACAGGCAUUGCUGGAUAUGCUAAUCCAGAUUAAGCCUUGCACAGAUGGGAUGAAUGUUCGUCUCAUUCUUGAAGCCUUGGAUUGCAUUGUGAUCGAAAUCUUCGAUGUAUAUAGCAAAAUGUGCAGUGGGAUUGCUGGAGUACUAGUGAGAAUAUUUAAGGCUGGAAAGACAGAGGCAAUAAUGGCUCUUGGUGUCUUACAGAAAGCUGCAUCUCAGGGUAAAGAACUAUCUUCUUAUUUUGAGUUCUGUAAGGACUUUGGUGUUCUUAAUGCAUCUGAACUCCCCAGAGUUGAGCAGAUCCCAGAAGAAGAUAUUCAAGAUCUUGAACAGAUGAUUAGUGAGAAAGUCUCAGAGAAGAUGAACAACAAUGAAAGCUACAACAGUGAAGGAGCUGUUGUACCAAUGGAUACUCCAUUCAUUGAAAAACAGGGAGACCAAGACAAAUCCUUGAAGAAGAAGACAAUAGUGACCCAGAAAUGGGAGGUCUUUGAAGAUGAAUUUAAGAGUAAAGGAAGUGCAGAUGAAUUCUCAUUUUUCAGAGUAGAUGGAGGUGAAUUCUCUGAGGUUCAAAAGAGAAAUUGUAUAGAUCCUUUCGCGCCUUCUCUAAACUUUCCUCCUCUUCUUCUAUAUGGUUAUAACAAUGAUCCUACAAUAGUAUCAAAUGGUUUGCUGCAGUUGGAGCAUUACUUCAAUCCAAUUCCAGCAGCUUCUUCAACUGUUGGAAACCCUAGUAAUUGGAUUGUCUCUCUUUGAGGAGGAAAGAGUCCGUCUUUCUCUCCCUCAUUUUGUGUGUAGGUAAAUGUCUUGUGAGAGUGAAUGUAUUCAAUACAAUAGAAGAUGGAAACUUGAGUUUA